UCACAGAGGAGUCAAAAGUGCGAAAUUCCAUCUAUCAUCAUCAGAAACGAAAAGAGUGAAAAGAGAAAUGGUUCAGCACAUUUCCUAAACUUCAUAACUUGACCGUGGGUGAGAGAGAAGACCAGAUUGGACGUGUGGGGACCUCCGGGCUGGUGUGGAAGCCUUCAGCUACUGUCUUAGUUUUUGAAGUUUAGCAAUGGAGUCUUUCUCUGCUGAGACCAACUCAACUGACCUCCCCUCCCAGCCCUGGUAUGAACCCCAGAUAAUCUUCUCCAUGGUCGUUCUCAGCCUCACUUUCUUACUGGGGCUGCCAGGCAAUGGGCUGGUGCUGUGGGUGGCUGGCCUAAAAAUGCAGAGGACGGUGAACACAGUUUGGUUUCUGCAUCUCACACUGGCAGACUUCCUCUGUUGCCUCUCCUUGCCCUUCUCCCUGGCUCACUUGGUUCUCCAAGGACACUGGCCCUAUGGCUGGCUCCUGUGCAAGCUCAUCCCCUCCGUCAUUGUCCUCAACAUGUUUGCCAGCGUCUUCCUGCUGACUGCCAUUAGCCUGGAUCGUUGCCUUUUGGUACUCAAGCCAAUCUGGUGCCAGAAUCACCGAAAUACGGGAACAGCCUUCACUAUCUGCGGAUGUAUAUGGGUCAUGGCUUUUGUAAUGUGCAUACCUGUGUUUAUGUACCGGGAAACGUUCGCUGUGGGCAACCAUGAAAUAUGUGACUACAACUUUGGCCUCUACAGCUCCUUAGAUUAUUCAGACCUCACCAUUGAUCUACUGGAAAAUGGAUCUCUUGACGACUCCAUUGUUCAGCGGCCUGGAGAAACGGAUGACAGGUUGGAGUCUUUCUCUGACCUAACCAAUGAUCUGCCUUGGGCAGCCACCACUGUCCUCCCUUCUCAAACAUUUCAAAGACCUUCUGGAGAGUCACUCCCUAUACAUUCAGCUAAAUUAUCUGAUCAACAUCCACAUUAUAAUUUAUUGAAGGCUGCUAGUGAGGUUUCACCUACAGUCCCCAGUGGGCUUCCCAUUGAAAAGCACAGAUCUAACCCACUAGGUUUAGAGCUUUACUCUGGUACUUCCAACAAUUCCUCGUACAUGGAUGAGCUGUUCCAAGAUUUCCAGGAUGAUGAUUUUGGCCCAUUUCCAUAUGACAGUCUACUACUAAGCCCCCUGCUGGCAAUAACCAUCACUAGACUAGUGGUGGGUUUCCUUUUGCCCUUUCUUGUCAUGGUGGCCUGCUACAGCCUCAUUAUCUUUCGAAUGCGACGGAGCCGCUUCACCAAGACCCGGAUCAAAACCUUGAAAGUGGCCAUGGCUGUGGUGGCUAUCUUCUGUGUCUGCUGGGCUCCAUACCACAUCGUUGGGGUCCUAUUAUUGUUUUUUGACGCAGAAACUCCCUUUGGAGAAGCUCUGGUGUUUUGGGAUCCCGUGUCCAUCGCUCUAGCAUCUGCCAAUAGUUGCUUUAAUCCCUUCCUCUAUGCCCUCCUGGGGAAAGAUUUUAGGAAGAAAGCAAAGCAGUCCAUGAAAGGUAUUCUGGAGGCAGCUUUCAGUGAAGACCUCAUACAUUCUAGCAGCUGUCCCCAAAGCAAGGUCUUCUCUGAAAGAAACAGUAUCAGCACAUCUGUGUAAAAAUAUGGAACAGUUGACCCAAGGAGAGGUUCUGAGGUAUUCACCCAGUGCGACAUGUUUCUAAAACAAUAAGGGAUAUCAUGAGCAGGGGAUUUCAGAAACCAUCAAUGAAUCAAUCCAGAGGUUCUCAAAGUACGGUCCCAGGCUAGUGGCAUCCGGAUCACCUGGAAACUUGCUGAACCAGAAUGUCCGGGGCUGGGGUUCAGAAAAGUGUUUUUAACAAGCUCUCCUAUUUCUAAUGAAUGCCAGAUUUGAGAAUUGUUGUAAAAAUUACUCUAUUUCUAUCCCAACCGAAGCUAAACGAAAUCAACGAGAACCUAGUCUAUUUCAAGAUGAUUUUUCCAUCAUGAAUUUUUAAAAAAUUUUUUAACAUUUAUUCAUUUUUGACAGAGCAUGAGUGGGGGA